CCUGCUGCAGCCGCCGCCGCCGCACGGCUCUGACAUGCAUCGAUGCGUUCGACAAUCAGCGCAUCAAUUAGUCGGUCUGAGCAUCCCAGCAUGGGCCCGGAAGUUGUUUGGGAUUCCCAGGUAAAGAAAAAAAAAUCCCGGAGAUGCUGUCGUCGCCUGGGAAAACAAACAGCGAUCCAGACACAUAAAAAGGAUAACGCCGAUCGGUGGCCAGGUAAGGCGGAGGCCCGUGGACUUCACCGCGGCACUCGGUAUCUGGUAAGAGAAUGAAUGCUGAUGACUGCAAUGGGCGCGCAUACACACAAGGUAAUGGAGGAGAGUCAUCAAUGGUACAGGACUUUUACAGCACAUUGCAAGGCCCUUCAGCAAGAUCUCCAAACAGUCAGCAGUCCUCGCCACGCCGCUCCCUCAGUGCAAACUCCAUCAAGGUUGAACUGUGCAGCGAUGAUGAGUCACCAGGUGCUCCACAGCCAGAGAACAGAGACAGUGUGAGGGAAGACAGUGGGAAGGAUGACAGAGGGAACCUCAUGGAAGAAGGGAGUGCAGAGUUCACUGGCGCUCCAAGAGACGGAGUGAGCGCUUACAAUGAGAUGGCCAGUCCAAACUCGGCUUCACCAGGACCUAUCCGGCUUCCCAAUGGGAAGCUCCAGUGUGAGGUUUGCGGGAUGAUCUGCGUUGGCCCCAACGUGCUGAUGGUGCACAAACGUAGCCACACAGGUGAGAGGCCUUUCCAUUGUAACCAGUGUGGAGCUUCCUUCACCCAGAAGGGGAACCUGCUGCGUCACAUAAAGCUGCAUUCAGGAGAGAAGCCUUUCAAAUGUCACACGUGUAACUAUGCUUGUCGCCGGAGAGACGCCCUGGCUGGACAUCUGCGCACACACACAGUCUCUUCUCAAACGGUGGGAAAACCUUUCAAGUGCAGCUACUGUAGCCGCAGCUACAAACAACAAAACACACUGGAGGAGCAUCUGGAGCGCUGCCACAGUUACCUGAAGAGUCUGGACCACCAAGCAGCCGUCAACACGCAGACAGCACAGGGUGAAGAGUCAGGAAAUAUGGAGAUAAUUAAAAAACCUGUGCUCCAGCCGUCCAGUGAAAAAAUCCAACCUGUGGAUAGACUGGCUAUUAGUAUCACCAAACGCAAGAGGUCAACACCACAGAAGUUUUUGGGUGAAAAGCACAUGCACCUUGAUCUACCUGAAGCACCUUAUGAAUUAUCCUCUGGCUCUGAGAAAGAGGGCGACUUCAUGAGCUCUCAGCCUGCAGGAGAUUCUGCUGGGAUCGCUGGCUCGCACCUGCAAGGCACCAGGGGUAAAGGUGAGAAUCAUGAGGCACCUAUACUGUCUCAGCUCAAUCCUGCCUUUCUGACGGAGCUCCGCACAGUUAUGGGCUCCAUCAACAGCAACGUGACUCCUCAGGGCCCCAGAGCCCAUGGUGGACGUGGGCUAGCAGCUAUGUCUUUUGGGCUUGCAGGGCGGGAGGGAGGCGAAGGCCGCGUGGACCAACCCUCAGCUCAUAGCCAUACCACCUCGCCCAACGGCUGCCCCGACUCUACAGACACAGAGAGCACAGCAGAGGAGCAGAGCACAAGGGCUACAGCCCCAACAAGUACCUCCAACAAUCACCACCUCCACUACCAAUCCCCAGCACUGCCCCGUGGCCAUCCCACUUCCAGUCCCAGCCAGGGCAAAUACUUGGACCCAGAGUGGGAGAGAGCAUGUCCUGUGCCCCCCACCACAGUAAAGAAAAACCCUGGCUCACCCCUUUCUUCCAGGGAGACUGCGCAGGUGUUAGACAAGGAUGGUAGGCCUGUGCGCUCCUUCCACUGCCGGCACUGCCGCAUCCUCUUCCUGGACCAUGUCAUGUUCACGAUCCACAUGGGUUGUCAUGGCUUCCGCCAACCCUUCGAGUGCAACCUCUGUGGCCACCUCAGCCAGGACCGCUACGAGUUCUCGUCUCACAUGAGCCGCGGAGAGCACCAGGUGGGCUGAGGGAAGGGGCUCAUGGCUGGAUGAAAGGAGAGGUGGCUGCUGCUUUCUAAAGUCGUGGGCUCAUGUUUGUUCUGCACCAGAUGAAUUGCUUUAAAAUCCCUAGUGUAAGUAAGUUUUAAAAAAAAAAAAGA